UUAUCAAAUUGAACAAUGAAUUUAUUAUAUAGAUCGAGGUUUUUCUCUGAGUGUAAAAAGAAAACCUGCUAUGACUUGUGUAAAGGUAGUUUUACAGAGAAUAAUCAUAAAGUAGCAGACCAUGAUCAAUUGACAGGAUAUUGUGUACCUAUUGUUCAAGUAAAAAAUGGAUUAUUGCAAGGUGAAAUUAAAAAAUCAAAGGCAAACUUGCCGUAUUAUUCAUUUAGUGGUAUACCGUUUGCAAAACCUCCAGUUGGUGAAUUACGUUUUAAAGCUCCACAACCUCUGGAUUUUUGGAAUGGGACAUUAGAUGCAACAAAAUUACCAAAAAAAUGUAUACAAUUAACAAACUCAAAUGAAAUAGAUGGAGAAGAAGACUGUCUUUACCUUAAUGUUUACACACCUAAUUUAAAAAAAAAAUUACCUGUUAUGUUUUGGAUUUAUCCUGGAGCAUUUCACAAAGGAUAUAGUGGAUUUACAUCUUACGGUCCUGAAUAUUUUAUGGACAAAGAAAUUAUUUUAGUCACAUCAAAUCAUAGACUGGGAAUACUUGGAUUUCUUAGUACAGAAGAUGACGUAAUUCGUGGUAAUUUUGGAUUGAAAGAUCAAGUAAUGGCUUUGCAUUGGGUACAGGAGAACAUACAACAGUUUGGUGGUGACCCCAGACAGGUAACAAUAGCAGGUGCGAGUUCUGGAGGAGCUAGUGUUGGAUAUCAUUUACUCUCUCCAUUGAGUAAAGGACUUUUUCAUAAAGGAAUACUUCAAGGAGGUACUCCAUUAUGUAGAAGAGCCAUUUCAUUUCCUGGAUUGGCUCGAAAACGGGCCAAAAAUUUGGCAAUUUUAGCAGGAUGUAAAAUAAAUUCUUCCUUUGAUAUACUAAAAUGUUUAAAACCAAUGAAUGCAAGUGUCAUCACAAAAUUUUAUUCUAAUUUUUUUAAAUGGAAAAAUCAUCCUAGAGUAGUAUUUCCACCAGUUAUAGAAAAAUGUGAUUCUGAUGCUUUUAUUUGUCAUAAUCCCCUUAUUGAUUUUAAACAAGAAUCGUAUGUUCCAGUCAUAAUUGGUUUGAAUUCUGCAGAAGGCUGCUUAUAUUCUUCAUCAAUUUUUAACACUACUAAAUUACUACAUCCAGAACUUUACACAGACUUUAAUCAUAUAGUUCCUAUAUUAUUGACAUAUAAAAACUAUACUUCAGAAGACGAUUUACCAAAUGUCAGCAAACAAAUAUUCAAUAGAUACUAUCCGUCUGGAUUUAUAGAUGAUCAAUCAUAUUUAAAUACACAAAAUAUGAUUAAAGAUGGUUAUUAUUUACAAUGUAUAAUGGAAAUGGCAAUCAAAUUAACUUCUCCAGUUUACUUUUAUCUAUUUGAUUAUCAAAAUGAAUUUUCAUUGAAUAGAAAUUCAACAGACUCGUGUCUUAAACCAAUAGGACCUUCUCAUGGCGAAGAAACGUAUAAUUUAUUUAUAAAAAUACCUAAACUUACAUUAAAUGAAAAAGAUACAGAAGUUUCUAAAACAAUGGUUAAUAUUUGGACACAGUUCAUUUCAACUGAUUAUCCUACUACCAAUGGAACAUCUGAGGGAUUAAAAUGGCCAGAGUUUAUGUCAAAUGAAAGUUCAUUAUUACUUCAUGUGGAUUCUGCUCAACCAAAAUUAAUACCAAAUCCUUUUACUGAAAUAUAUACAUUUUGGCAAGGACUUCCUUUAUUAUCAGGAUUGAAAGAUACUUGUGAAAUACAAUAAUUUGAAUUACUGUUUUAUUUUUAAUAACUAAUUAUUUUUAAUUAUAUACUGUGAGUGUUAAUAAAAAUACUUUUAAUCUAAUAAUAAAUAUAUAAUAUAACAAAAUA